AUGUUGUGGAAUCAAUCGAUCCCCAUCUUUCAUCUUUUGCUCGUUAUCCUACUGGCCGGAGAUCUCAAGUCUCAUAUUUCCGUGAUUGCUGAUGCUAUAGAAUGUCACUACGGUUGGAGUGCAGGCACCCGGGAUAGUCCAUAUUUGUGUCAAGUAUCAGCCAACUCAACGCAUAAAUGCAAAUGGUGUGGAAGGAAUGAUGGUCUAUUGCCCUCUGCUCUUAACUGCGUUGAUUUGGCCGGACAUCAAGUGGGCGGGGGACAAUCAUGGAAUUGCAAUCUCGGAAUUACCGUCGAUAAAUACACGCGCAAAGACGGCAGACAAAUCCUUUGCCAGCACAUCGUUGACGCACAUGGAGGGUACCAAUCGUACUAUUGCAAAGACCCCAAUAAAAACCAACAAUGUCCGCGGGAAUUGUGUACCAAAUAA